AUGGUGACAUGUAUGGGAGGUCAAUCAAUUGCGGUCUGUCGAGGUUUGCGGGCGGCUCGAUUUCAACAGUCAUUGAUAUACAAAACGAAGCCGGCAUUCAGGUCCCGAGAAUUCCAUUCAUCGGGAAUUCGUCGCGAAGGACAUGAGAACCACCCAAAGAAUGAUCGGAACGGAUCCUUUACAUCUCGCCUAGGACGCGCAUGGAGAGACACAAAAAUCGAAUGGCGUCCGAUUCCUAUUGGCCUUGGUAUUGCGUUUCUCGGACUAUGGCAGUUUUAUCGAGCAAGGAGGGAUACAGAGCGACUAAGGGAUAAAGAGAUUGAAGAAGAUGGGAAACCACCGCGGCGGAAGAGAAUACGGCCAUCAGGACCUUGGCAGGUGCAAGUGAUGUCAACGCUGCCUUUGAAAGCCUUGUCACGGUUAUGGGGACGUUUUAACGAGCUCGACUUGCCAAUGCCUUUACGUAUUCCGGGGUUUAAGUUAUAUUCUUGGAUAUUUGGUGUCGACUUGGACGAAGUCAAAGAACCAGAUCUUCGGAGCUAUCCAAACUUAGCGUCAUUUUUCUAUCGCGAAUUGAAACCUGGGGCGCGCCGGAUAGAUCAAGACCCAAAUGGCAUUGUAUCUCCAUCUGACGGGAAAGUCUUAUCCUUUGGCAUGAUUGAACGUGGUGAGGUGGAGCAAGUCAAGGGUAUGACAUAUAGCUUAGAAGCGCUGCUUGGAGAGGCCAGUCCUUCGAGGGAAGCAAUUGAAAGUCAUGGGGUGAAGCCUGCAGACAUGGAGCACGAAUCCGGGAACAUGGCCAUGGAUGAAGAAUUUGCCACGGUCAAUGGCAUUUCAUAUACUCUACCUCAUCUACUGUCUGGUUCAAAGAAGAAACCAAAGAAAGAAACAGCCAUGGAUGCAUCGACUGCAUCUGGGCCAUCGUCCGAAGCAAAAGUCGAGGCAGACCUAGCAUUGGGUGACGGUCGUCCUUGGUAUGCUCCUAGUGCCUCAAACAAUGCUCUAUAUUAUUGUGUGAUUUACUUAGCACCUGGUGAUUACCACCGUUUCCACUCUCCAGUCUCUUGGGUCGUUGAAAGCCGUCGGCAUUUCGCUGGUGAACUCUACUCCGUGUCGCCGUACCUUCAGCGUACGCUCCCGGGACUAUUCGUGCUGAACGAACGAGUUGUCCUGUUGGGUCGUUGGCGCUGGGGAUUCUUCAGUUAUAUACCCGUUGGUGCAACCAACGUGGGCUCUAUAAAAUUGAACUUUGACGCCGAAUUGCGGACGAACAGUCUGACAACAGAUACUGCAGCUGACAGGGCUGCGGUUGAGGCAGCAAAACGUGGUGAGGCUUACACUGGAUUUGCAGAAGCAACUUAUUAUAAUGCUAGCCGGGCCCUACAUGGUCAUCCAUUGCAGCGCGGUGAAGAGAUGGGAGGGUUCCAGCUGGGUAGUACGAUUGUACUCGUCUUUGAAGCUCCUAUGGGAGUUCGUAAGAGCUUCGAUGAAGGUUGGGAUGGCGGCAGAGAAGGUGGUUGGACUUGGGACAUUAAACAAGGUCAGAAGAUCAAGGUUGGAGAAAAGCUUGCUGAUUCGGAGGUAAACAACAACUCCGCAAAAAUUCCUAGCACCUGCCUUCUUACUCCUCACCUCAUCUUGCACCUUGAUUCAUCUGAUAUUUCCCGCCAUUAUGCUUCUACUGGACACAUCCGCACCAAUUCAGAAUUAAAAAUGCCUCGACAACCUCCUCGACGCGCCCCUCCAGCUCCUACAACACCUUCGUUGGCUCAACCCCCACCAGUAGUGGCUGCGGCCGUGGCGACAACAACGCCUAAUUUCGCGACACCUCAAGCUUUCCAGCAAGAAGUUGAAUUUAUUCCCACUGGGAACCCUGCAUGGCAACAACAGCAGCAACGGCGAGGAUUCAAUCAGCCCGCAGCUGCUAUGCCGGAGCCACUUGAAGAUAGUGAUAUUGAGAAUGAGCCUGUCGACGACGACAGGGCCCGGGCGAUUGAUUUCGAUGCAUUGGAUGAUGGGGAGGAUGAUGAUGAAGAUAUAGAUGAUGACGAGCUGGAUGAUGAGGAUGUAGAAGGGGAUGAUGAAAAUGAAGGGGCACGGCGAAAAUCGUUAUCUCCAUUACCACCAGACCUCCGCGAAAUCUCCUCUCUAGCAUCCUGGACAGUCUCGACACACAAGCCCGGCUGCGGAGUCGCAGCACUACGCAAUCCCUCUCCGCAACAAUUCUGGCAAUCUGACGGCCCUCAACCGCACACACUCACAUUACAUUUCUUCAAAGUCGUUGCUAUAGUCAAGAUUCGCGUAUAUCUCGACUUUGAGCUUGAUGAAAGUUAUACACCUACCAAGAUGUUGUUUUUUGCCGGAAUGGGUGGGAAUGAUCUUGUUCAGUUUGCGACUUGGGAAGGUGAGACGCCUGCUGGGUGGGUUAAUAUAUCUCUUCAGGGGGUUGGGGGCCAUAAUAGGAGCAGAAGGAGGAGUCAUGUUGUGGGAAGUAAUCGGCGGCGGACACGGAAUGCGAGGACGUCGAAGGGUGUUUCGGGGACCAUCGACAUUGAUGAUUGGGAUAUGUACGACGAUUCACAGGAGGAUGACGACGAUGACGAUGACGCCGAUGACCCUUAUGCAGGUAACGUCCUCAGAGCCAUGGUUGUCCAAGUACGUAUCUGUGAAAACCAUCAAAACGGCAAGGAUACACAUGUACGAGGCUUUCAAGUCUUUGCACACGACGAUGAUCGGCGCCGUAUAGCUGCUGCAGCGGCGGCUGCGACUGUAGCCCAAGCAGAGCGACGCAAGUCCGUUCAGAAUGAUUCUGAAGAUGUGCUUGAUGCUGCAGAUGGAGGGCCUGCAGAUAAAAUCCGGGGCCUUGAUGAGCCGGAUUGGAUGGGUGAGCCUGUCAUUCGAUAA